UGAAAAGUUCUCUGCAGUCACUCAAACAUAUUUCACAUCCGAGCAAUCCACUGAAACAAUUUCAACAACUCUUGAAGCUGGAGGAUUUCCCCAAAAAAUUACUGAACUCAGUGUUGAAACGGAAAAUACACCAACGACUCAGUUCAGGACAGAAAAAAUAAUGCCUUCGACGAUUACCAGUACUGAAGAAACCAAAACUAUAUUUACUGAUUCAAGUACUGAGCCUGAAGUAUCCAGCACACAAUCAACCCAAGAGGUUUCCCAGACUUCAACUGAUUUCACAUCUUUCAAACCAACCACAAUAAAUGAAAGUGAUUAUCUGGAUGAGGAGAAUAAUAAUCGAAAUGAGAGUUCGAAAGAAGGAAACGAAGAUUUCAAUACUUUGAAUUUCAAGGACAAGGAUACGUGUUCAUCCAGAAAAUGCAAUAAAAUGGCUGCUCGCAUCAUCAGUUUCAUGGAACCUUCGGAAAAACCCUGUAACGACUUUUACAAUUACGCUUGUGGGGGCAUUCAUGUGGAUGUUAAAGAGCAAGUCGAUAUUUUCGAAUCAGAAAUGUCUGGGAAGGAAACACCGAAGUUUUUGAAGGAUUUUUUCAAUUUUUAUCGAUCUUGUAAGGACUAUGAAGAUAGGUUCCUCUACAAGGAGCGCAUUGAAGCUCUAUUCAAGAUCCUACUUAGAGAUGUUGCUGGAUAUGAUGACGACCCAGAUUUAGAACAGCUAUUGGCCAAUUUGACGUUGAUGGAAUCCUUUCCUUAUUUGGAAAUUGGCAUUGAUGUUAAUCCCAAAAAUUCUUCAUCGUUCAUUUUAGCGCUGAGAAAGCCCAAAUACAAAGCUCCAAAUUCUCAAUUCUGGUCAUCAUUUUCAGAACGCCGAAGAAAAUGUUUGAGGAAAACCAGUGAAAAACUAAAUGCAUCUACUUCAGAUGGCUCGAACCUUUAUAAUGAAUACUGGAGAUGUUAUCUUAAUCAUGCUGAUUAUCUAUUAACUAUUGAAUCAUUAAGUGUAGAGCAGAAUGAUGCUCUAAGGAAAAAUCAAACUCUCGAGGAAAUAAAACAAUCGGUUGGAAAUAUUUCAAAAUGGUUUCUGCAUUUGGACGUAUCCCUGAAUAGUCCAAAUAUUCACUUCCAGUCUCUAAUAAAAGUUGAAGAACUUCGACGAAAAUAUCCAAUAUUGAACUGGAGGAAAUUUUUUUCGUUGAUAAGUAAUGGGGAUAUUCAAGGAGACGAUAUAGUUUGGAUUGACAAUAAUGCUCAUUUCGAAUUACUUAUGAUCAGAAUGGCAGAAAUAGAAAGGAGAGAUUUGGCUAAUAUCCUGAGAUCAAUUGGCGAAUACAGUAUUUUCGAAAAUAUCAUUCUUCAGAACCAUAUCGACUCAAGGACAGAAUUCUGCAAAAGACAAGCUAAAUAUUUGAUGCCGGACGUUGUCAACUAUAUAUAUAAAAUAAUACCGAAUUCUGAACUCCCUGAACGCAGUGGUUAUAUUCGAAACAUUUUCGAUCAUUUCAAAAUCCAAUUCAACAGUUCCUUGGAGUCUAGUACAUGGAUUGAUGAUGAUAGCAGAGAAGCGAUGAUGGAAAAAUUGCAAGGAAUCAGAUUGUCCUUAUUCAAGACAGAAGAUUAUGCAGAAGAAAGAGACUUUUUGAACCGCAUAUAUAAUGGAAGUGUGAUAGAAAAUGAUUAUCCAACAAAUUUGAUUAAUCUGAUAAAACAUAAGAAUCAGCAAAUACUAUCGUUGUCAGGGCAAGAGGUUACUUCAGCCAAAAUACAUCGUUAUUUGAUCUCUGCCACUGAUGACCUUCCUUUGUAUAUCGAGAGUAAUGGAGUAGCUUAUAUUCCUUAUGGUUUGAUUGAGAAGGCAUCCAAAGAAUUACCAGACUACAUAGUAAUGGCCCAAGUGGGCUUUCCUCUAGCAAAAAUAAUAGGUCAAGCCUUCAGUCCAACCAAUAUUAAAAAUAUCCGAAUGAAUCCGGAAACCUACGGGCAAUAUUCCCAUUUUUUGAAUACAAUGAGAGGCGAUGGGACUUUCUCGAAACCAUUCAUAUUCAACAAUCAUAGCUUAUUCUUAGAGUCAACAAUAGAUCCAUAUCUUGAUGAUCUGAUCGUAGAAAACACAGCUUUGAGACUUCUCACUGAUAGGAAGGAAACAUUUGGAAUGCAGUCUUUGUUACCUUGGAUUUCAUAUCAGUUCUCCAGAGAGAAAAUUUUUUUUCUUAGACUUACACAAGAAUUAUGUCGAAAAAAAGAAGUUAUGGAUGUGGUUAUCGAAACCUACCAGAACAAUGUAGUACCUUCACCUCUAAGGAUUUUGAAUAUUCUGAGCCACUCAGAGGAAUUUUCGAAGCAAUUCAAUUGCGAUAGUCAAUCAUCAGUAUUCCGAACUUUCAAGUUGCAGUUUCCAUACAUCCAAAUGAAUUUUGACAUGGGAUUGUUGAAUUGAAAUAAACUUUUUAAUACA